UGUCAGAUUACAGAGAAGGCUAAAAUCUUAGCAUCUAGGGGUCCCCAGCAACGCACUGUUGAAACUAUGGCGGAACCCACUUCAUUCUCUCUAGGGACUGGCCAUGAAUUGGUGCCCAAUGAGAGAAUUGAUCCACCCUCACAACCAACAGAAAACUUGUCUGCUCUUUCCAACUGUUACAGUAGGGCAGGUUAUUCAGUGCUGGUCAGUAAUGGAAGUCUCUGUGAAAGUACACCUGAGAUGGGCCUAGUUGAGAUGGAAAAUGGAGCUGCAUUUCAUAUUAAAGUACAAAAUAACAAUUAUUAUGCUGUGGAGGUGGACGUUACAUUUAGUGGCAAGUUCCUUGGCGUUUGGACUCUUGAAGCUCAUCAGUCAUAUCCACUGGUCAUUGAAGGUUCUUCUUGGGAGAGUGGCAAGCUAAAAUAUUUCAGCAAGCCAAAUGAAACUGAGUAUGGGAUGCUUGAUUCAAAUGGGAAAAUAGAAUUGGAAUUUAAGCCUGAGGCAAUGGUGCUGAUUGCUAAGCAUUCUCGAUUGCAGAAAAGAUAUGAAGUAUUGUUGACUGAUUUCAAGUUGGCAACUGUCAAGGAUCUCAGAGAGGAGAUAAACCGAACACUGUGGGACCAGCUCGGGUGUAUAACUUGUUUGAUUAAAGGUGGAGAAGUUCUUGAUGAAUGGCAGUUCAUAAGAUCUUACUCUCUAAAGAAUGGUGACAUUAUUGAAGUCCUUACCUGUGAGGAGCCAAUAUUGAUAGAGUCUAGUUUCAGGGAUCCCUUUACUCUUUGGGUUGAUCCUCAUCAUGAUUCCACCGAGUCAGUGAGAGGAACAGUAGCUUCAAAGAUGAAUGUCAAAGACCUUUCCUUUCUGCUAGAUGAGAAACAUAUUGCAAGGAGAGGCCCCCUGACCAAAAUCUUCUUACAAUCAAGAAAGCCAGUUUUAAAGGCCAUAAAAGCUCGUGAUGUACGCAUAAAUGUGACUGUGCACCUCCCCAGUGAGGAAGCAAAGAGAGUUAGAGUCUCCCAGUUUGCAACUAUAGAUGAACUCAUGAGAGAUCUCAAUAUACCAACCUCUGGUGCCUUGCUAAGGGUCAAUGAUGAAGAGAUUCAAGACAGCACAGGUCUGAAAGAGCUCUUAGACCUUGGCAUAAAAAAUGGAUCAGAGGUGACAGUGACCUUUCCCACAGAAGGCAGAUCAUUUAGUUCUUACAGAAACCCAAGCCAUGAAUCAACCCAAGAAGAAUGGGCUGACAGUGAAUCUCCUUCUCCAUCAUCACACAACUUUGAUUGCUCAGCUGAAUUUAACCCUUUACAAUAUAUUCCAGAGGAAAUGUAUGGAAUUUCAGGUCACUUCAACAACCUGGAAUGGAUAGAAGAGGAUAAGUCUUUUUGUGGCUGUUAUCAACUUGACACUAGGAGAAAAAGAUUCACAAAAGAUAAAUCGAAGUCUGUCACCCUGGUUGUUCAACUGUGCUCUAAAAGAUCUGUGACGCAAAUGCUGCACUCAUAUGAGCCUCCUGUUCACUUUGAUUCGACUUGAGAUAAAGAAACCAAAGAUGAUACAACAUCGAAUCAAUUAAGAUGGAAACAUCCGUGGUUUGAAGUCACGCCAAACACCGAAGAUUUCACGCAAUCAACUCGUUCCCAUGCAGUUCCUUGUUAAGAAAAGUUUCCGAUUGCGAAUGUUUGGUUUUGUAGACUGUUAUUUGUAGAAUUUUUCUGACUGCCUAAAAAGUAAAGUUUGUAAGUAAAUGAGUGGUGGAUAUAAUAAUAAUAAUUUAUUUCAACCAUCGAGUUAUUUAAUAGUUGAUUUCCUAUAAUAUGUAUUUUACUGUUUCAUGCGUAAUAAACCUAUAUUUUACGCUAGCAGGCAGGGGAUACAUAGGAAAAAUUAAAAUAUUAAUAUAAAAAAAUAUAAAAAUAUUAAUCUUCCCUUCUUAUAUGAGAUCAGCAGUUCAAAGAACAGCUGAAUUUUUCAGUCUGUGACGAAAUAGUAACAAUUUACUGGAUAGGGCUGUCGACGGGGGCAAGGAAUUCUGGGUUAUGGCCUGUGGUCUGAUGCCCGUUUGAAGUUUCCUGCUCACAACUGGCUCAAGCUAUGACCUAUAUUCAUAAUAAUGAUGAUAACUAAUAUGGCAGUACAAUAAUAAUAAUAACAAUAAUUAUAAU